AAUCACUUCAUAAUUUUUCUCUCUCUUCCCUAUUUCUAUUUCUUCUUUAAUUUUUUCAACAGCCAGGCCGGUGCCUGACGUACCUGAAGAAGGCACUUCCCUCUUCAUCCUGCAUUUUCUGUUGUUUCCCCACUCUGGUUUUGAUUAGAUCUCACUCUUCUUUCUUCCUGAUCUGGUAACCAUCAUCGGCGCGCGUUUCCUUCUUCCCUUUUCCUCUGCUUUCUCCCGGUUUCCCCUUUAGGAUUUCUUCCUCCGUGUUGUAGGUUAUCUUCCUUCUCUAGAUUUGUGAUUGAAACGGAGUCAAUUUGUUCCGCUUCGAAUCAAUGGCUGCUCCGCCGGCAAGAGCUCGUGCCGAUUACGAUUACCUCAUAAAGCUUCUGUUGAUCGGCGAUAGCGGUGUGGGUAAGAGUUGCCUCCUUCUACGUUUUUCAGAUGGUUCCUUCACCACUAGUUUCAUUACGACCAUUGGCAUUGACUUCAAGAUAAGGACAAUUGAGCUUGAUCAGAAGCGGAUUAAGUUGCAGAUAUGGGAUACUGCUGGUCAAGAACGCUUCCGUACAAUUACAACUGCUUACUAUCGCGGAGCAAUGGGCAUUUUGCUCGUGUAUGAUGUCACUGAUGAGUCAUCUUUCAACAAUAUUAGGAAUUGGAUUCGCAACAUUGAACAACAUGCUUCUGAUAAUGUCAACAAGAUCUUGGUUGGAAACAAGGCGGACAUGGACGAGAGCAAGAGGGCCGUUCCUACCUCGAAAGGCCAGGCGCUUGCAGAUGAAUAUGGCAUCAAGUUCUUUGAGACUAGUGCUAAGACGAACUUAAAUGUGGAAGAAGUUUUCUUUUCAAUAGCUAGGGACAUCAAGCAACGACUUGCAGAUACUGAUUCAAAGUCCGAGCCACAGACGAUCAAGAUUAACCAACCAGAUCAGGCUGGAGGUGCGAGCCAGGGUGCACAAAAGUCUGCUUGCUGUGGUUCUUAAAGAAGGAGGUUUCAAACACAGAUUACAGGAAUACCGUUGCGGUGGUGGUCUUUCAUCGUAUAGCCAAGUCUGUUGAUUGUUGGUGGGAACUGGAUUUUGUUUAUCUGACUAUUGUGGUUGAUGCUGCUUGUAUUAUUCUCCUAAUCACCAUUUAUUUUACAAGAAAACAAACAAGGAGGAGGACAUUUGGGGUGUGAAUUGGUUAGAUGGUCUUGUCAUUUGGGGAAUUGUAAUAUUAUCUCUCUCUGCGUUGAUAUGAUUAAAGUUUAGGGCUGCUGUCAAACGGAAUAACCUCCAUUAAUAGCUCUAGUGUAGUGUAUUGAGAUUUAGCUACCCUGUUUUCCCGUUCGUGGGCUGAAGAAUGAAUGGAAUCCAGCAUCUACUUCCACCAAUGGGCAAUGGGUAGUCAAGUCGCAUCAUCUGAAACGUCAGUUGGUGCUUUGAC